AUGUCGAAUGCGAAAAUUUCAGACCACAGCAGUGCCAUUCCAGAUCAUGAAGCAUGUUAUAGCCAUAGCAAUUGCCCUGCAGUCGCGUCCGCCGACUGGCAGUACAAGUCACGCCCCGACCUAGCACCUCCUCGCUUGAACAUCACGAUUCCAGCUGCCAAGAAUGUCGAAAAGGGACAUCUCUUUGUUGCUCUCUUUGCCGGACAUCCUAAAACAACGACCGAGCAGCAUGAUCCUAGACAAGCACGUCCGUACAUUUUCCGAGAUGAUAGCGAUCUUGUUUGGUCUGGUUACGGAAUCUAUUCAACUUGGGCGACCAGAGUUCAGGCCGCAAAGUGGAAAGGCCAAUAUGUAUUGUUUAGUUUUGAAAUUGACCACAAUGCGGGCUAUGGGCAUGACCACGGGCACACCACCAUCCUAGAUCAGCACUACGAGACCAUUCGCGAGUUGCGCGCUGGCAAUCACAAGUUGACCGAUAAACACAAGUUCCAUGUCGUCAGCGAUAACACUGCGGUCAUUCAGAUCUACCAGCCCACUCCACAGUAUCCGACGGCUUACGGCCCAAGCGAGGAGCAGCAGUGGAUCGUGGACACUAUAUUCCAGGAGCUUGACAUCACCACUAGAGAUUUUCUCUUUGAGUGGUCUAGUCUUGAUCAUGUCACUCCCGAGGAUAAAAGCCAUUUUGCCGAUCAAAUCGGGCCAGGCUGGCGCAGGCUACAACUCUCCGACGCUUGGGAUUACUUCCACAUCAAUAGUGUUGACAAGAACUCUGAGGGCGAGUGUAUAAUAUCUGCGCGAGAUGCAUGCUCGGUCCACAAGAUCAAUGGCAUAAAUGGUUCUAUCUGGCGACUGGACGGGAAACGCUCUUCGUUCACUUUGGGGAAGAACGUUACAUUUUGCUUUCAACACCAUGCUCGGUUCCAUCAACAGUUGAAGGGCGAAGAGGAGGGAACAAACAUUGAACGUGGCAAAGAGGUUGCGACCGCUCCAACCAGUAGCGGAAAGAUCAUCAAGCUAGACACUGAAGCUUGGACUGCUGAGCUUGUCGAAGGUUUCUAUCCGCCUGAAAGUCUUCGUUCGAAGUCCCAGGGUUCAAGGCAGUUUCUACCAAACGGAAAUGUCAUUGUUAAUUGGGGCUCUGAGGGCGCUUUGACUGAAUACGAUGCGAAGGGUAGAAUACUCCUCUAUACUUAUAUGGAUUCUGGCUACCUCGGUCUCGGUGUUGAGAACUACCGUGGGUUCCGCUGCAGUUGGACGGCUCUACCCAAUAAAGAGCCUGCAAUCAUUUCUCUCCUGAACGAUGAGGGUACGGCUGUUUAUGUCUCGUGGAACGGCGACACGGAAACGGAGACAUGGCGGUAUUAUGCUGUAGCUAGCGGGUAUGGUCGGAAGCAUUUCCUGGGAGAGAAUUCCCGCAAGUCUUUCGAGACAUGCUUCCACAUUCCCGGAAAGCAGGUUCACCACGUUGUUGCGGAAGCUGUAGACGCUAGGGGCCGGGUCCUAAGAACCACCAGUGUGGCCAAGCUGCAGCCCGAGAUCUCGCCCGCGAAGAAAAGCCAGGCAAUUCCGCCAAUGAGGAUUCAGGCCCAGGAUCAGGCCUGGAUGGAGCUAUUAUGA